UCCGGCGCGGCCGCGUGUGUGCGUGUGUCCGCGCGCACGCUCUCAUUGAUGCGUCGGUGUGGGGGGGCCCGCCGCGGCGCGGCGCGGCGCGGCGGGGCGCAAUGGCGGCGCGCGGCGGCAAGCGGCGUUCACACGUUCCCGUCAUCCACUUCGGCGGUACUACCCGGCUCGCCUCGCAGUCGAGCGUCGUACGUUGCGCGGUGCGCUCGCCGACGUGUUCGCUCGGUGUCUCCGGUGCCCGAUUCCGGUCCGCGACGGCUGUCCGCGCGCAUCCACACGCACGCUUGACGUAGAGCCCUGGUGUGUCGACUCGGCGACGGUGCACGCGUCAGUCCGUACGAGAGUGUCAGUGCGAGUCGGAGCGCGAGCGGGCGAGAGAGAAAGAGAGAGAGAAGGAGAGAGCGAGAGAGAGCGAGAGAGAGAGAGAGAGAGGAGAGAGAAAAGGGAGAUCGUACGAGCGGAGGAAAAAGAGAGUGCGCGGCAGGAAACGCAAGUGCUUUUUCGCCGCAGUGCCAAGACGGAUUUAAGAGGCGUCUCGGAUCUUGGGAGCCGACGAUCGUUACGCGGCUCGAUCCCGGGAAUCGGCGCGACGGAUCCGGACGGGUCCUUCGAAGGGGCAACGGAGGCGCUCCACGACGUGCGAAGCUCCAACGGCGCGCGAGAAAUUACGAAGGAAAGUGUCGUGAAACGUAACGUCGAACUUAAACGGGAGUCGCAGUUUCCAUUUCCGCGUUCCAUUAAUAAAUGAGAGAAGUGCCCGCGGUUCACGCGAUAAGGUAAACCGCGAUGGAUCGCGUUGUGCUGUGAACAGUGCACGGGAGGAGGAUCAACCUGGGGAGACUGUCGUCGAAUGGAGCCUCUUCCGAAUCACGAGGAUGCGCUCGAGCCCACGAAAUGGUGAAAUGAUCGUGUACAUAGUGUGUCGCGGACGCUGCAGCGAUUUCUAAGAAGCAACUGCCCAAGUCUAAGAUGUACCCCGCGCCGGCGAGACAUCCCGCCGCUCCCGGUGGCGGCGGUAGCGGCGGGGCUGCUGGCGGGCUGAAAUUCACGGUGGCGGACACUUGCGAGAGGAUCAAAGAGGAAUUCAAUUUCAUCCAGCAGCAGUACCAUUCACUGAAGCUCGAGUGCGAGAAGUUGGCCAGCGAGAAGACCGAGAUGCAGAGGCACUACGUUAUGUAUUACGAGAUGUCGUACGGCCUCAACGUUGAAAUGCACAAACAGACGGAAAUCGCAAAAAGGCUGAACGCGAUAAUCGGGCAAGUGCUUCCGUUCCUGGCGCAAGAGCAUCAGCAGCAGGUGGCCAACGCCGUGGAGAGGGCGAAGCAAGUCACCAUGUCCGAACUGAACGCCAUUAUCGGGCAGCAACAGCAGCAAGGUCUCCAGCAGUUAUUGCAACAGAUCCAUGCGCAGCAACUGCCCCACGGUGCGGUGGUCGGCGGUCUUCCGCCGAGCGGUCUGCUGUUCGCAGGUGCGGCCGCGGCGGCCGCAGCCGCGGGUGUGCCGCCGCACUUGGCGCCGCCGCCGCAUCCCGCGGCCGCGGCUGCGGUCCAGGCACAGGCGCAAGCGCUGCUGAAGCCUGCCGAUCUACAGCAGCAUCGCGCGGCCGCGGAGACGCCCGAGGACCGUAAGCCGAUCGCCCUGCCGGACGAGAGGCUCGGCCACCGCUCGGUCUCUCCGCCUGAGAAAUUUCGCAGCCGCACGCCCGACCUCGAGAGCGACUCCAAGAGGCGGAAGGAGGAGAAGCUAGGACACGAGAGCGACGCCGAGAAGAGCGACCAGGAUCUGGUUGUCGAUGUGGCGAACGAGGAGGCGUCGUCGCCGCACGCGAACGGGGAGCACUCGGACCCACGUGAAAACGGCACCCUGGAGAAGCUGGGCGCACCGGGCCACGUUGGCGGACCGGUAUCCGGCGCGGGCUCGGCAUCCGUAAAGGACAGGCCGCCGUCGCGCAGCGGCAGCUCCUCCGCCCGUAGUACACCGUCUCUGAAAAGUAAAGAUGUCGACAAGCCGGGUACACCUGUGGCGGCGGCGAGGGGCUCGCGCAGUUGUACGCCAACUAUGGGCGGCAUCCCUGGGUCCUUGGCGCGGGUCUAUCAUCCGCCAUCGUCGCAGCAAACGCCACCGCAGGGUUAUCAGGGCUUGCCAUCCCGCGGCAAUGAGCCACCGCAGUCGCCCUCGCCAUACAGCAACUUGCCAUACGCGCGGCCCUCCAUGAUCGGUUUCGACGGUCACAUGAGGAUACCCGCGAGUAACGGGCUGAACAACAUCGCAGGUGGCAAACCGGCGUACUCCUACCAUAUGAACGGCGAGGGCCAGCUGCAGCCCGUACCAUUCCCCACGGACGCUCUGGUAGGGCCGGGCAUCCCGCGUCACGCGCGUCAAAUUAACACCCUGACGCAUGGCGAGGUGGUCUGCGCCGUUACGAUCUCGAAUCCGACCAAGUACGUCUACACCGGCGGCAAGGGUUGCGUCAAGGUUUGGGACAUCGGCCAAAGUGUCGGCAGCGCCAGCGUGAAACCAGUUUCGCAGCUGGACUGUUUGCAGCGUGACAAUUACAUUAGGUCCGUGAAGCUUCUGCCGGACGGAAGGACCCUGAUAGUCGGCGGGGAGGCCAGCCAGCUGAGCAUCUGGGACCUGGCGAGUCCCACGCCCAGAAUUAAAGCGGAGUUGACCUCGUCGGCGCCCGCGUGCUACGCCCUGGCGAUCUCGCCGGACUCGAAGGUCUGCUUCAGCUGCUGCAGCGACGGCAAUAUCGCCGUGUGGGACCUGCAGAAUCAGACGUUGGUCAGGCAGUUCCAGGGUCACACGGACGGCGCGUCCUGCAUCGACAUCUCCGCCGACGGGUCGAAGCUGUGGACCGGCGGCCUCGACAACACCGUGCGCUCCUGGGACCUUCGCGAGGGCAGGCAGCUGCAGCAGCACGACUUCACCUCGCAGAUAUUCUCCCUCGGUUACUGCCCCACCGGCGAGUGGCUGGCCGUCGGGAUGGAGAACUCGAACGUCGAGGUACUCCACGCCACCAAGUCCGACAAGUACCAGCUGCAUCUGCACGACUCUUGCGUGCUCUCGCUGCGUUUCGCCUCCUGCGGCAAGUGGUUCGUCUCGACCGGCAAGGACAAUCUGCUGAACGCGUGGCGUACGCCGUACGGUGCUUCAAUAUUUCAGUCCAAGGAGUCGUCGUCGGUGCUGAGCUGCGACAUUUCCGCGGACGACAAGUACAUUGUGACCGGAUCCGGCGACAAGAAGGCCACAGUAUACGAAGUGAUUUACUAAGCCUAUUCCUAAAGAAAGAGACUUGCCUUUCCUCCUUUAAUAAUGUUAAAAUAAUGAACUUCGUUAAUGUGUAUUCUAUCCUUUCGCGAGGAAGGAAGGCGCGAAGAGCCGCCGCAAGUGGGAGAAACUCUCGGCGGCCUUUAGAGCCCGUGCGACUGAUAAAUGUGUACAUAUACGCGAAAUCUUGUAUUGUAACGGAAUUACAAAUAGAGGAAUGAAAAACCGAAGUGUGUGUGUGUGUGUGCGUGUGUGCGCGCGCGCGUGUUUAUGAAUGAACGGGAUCAGCGAUGUAUAGUAAUCACGUGCACGCGCGCGCGCACGUCCCGAUUUCACGAGUGCGAGCCCCGAUACUCCCGAUUCUCCGCCGAUUACGCGAUAACGUACGCGUGUACCUGCGCGCGGACGGGACUUCUAUUUGUCGCGUGUAUACAACGAGCGUACGCGUUGACGAUGGAACGGCGUUCCAUCCAACCGGAGCGAUUCGCAUACGCACUAAAGUAAACGAGAAGAGCCUUCGCAAACGGUGAUGUUAGAUAUACAGGGUGAUUCUUGAUUGCACGCCGGUACCGGCUCCAGAUAACAAGUUUAGAGUUCGAAACGAGGAAGAGAUGCGCCGUACGAGCACAACUCAUUUAGCUUUUAUCUCUUUUGAGUAAUAAUUCUUUUUUUUUUUAAUAUAAGUUUCAAUGUAUAAAAAUGUAUUUCGAGCGCUCGUUCCCCGCUGUGAUACACGUACACGCUACGUUCUGAUACAACUCGAUGUUUACGUAUUACGAUUUUGCGCAUAUUGCGAUUUUAAAAAAUAUUGCAGCACGCGUUGUGGCGGAAGGCGAACACACUCUUCACUUUCUUUAACUCGUAUAACAUUAUUUUUCCUUUUUGGAUCCUAGAUCUCUAAAGUAUCAACGAACAAUUAAGUUUCACCUUAUAUAUGAUCUUGUAGUUACGUAAAUGUAGGAUUGUAACGCGCCUAAAGUGGACGGCCGAUAAAGUGGUAAGGCAUCAACUUGCGGUAGACCUGGCCUACUCACCGAAAAAUCGCAUUACGCUUUUUAGUAAACGGAUAUGUGAUCGUCGAGGCAUCAUUUCGAAUUUCUGUAACCGCUGUAUCAUGAAACGAAUCGUAUUUCCUUCUUAUUACCCUCCUGAACGGUAUAAAGAUACGGAGAAGUCUAGGAGAUGUUUAAGUGGCAUUUAACAAAUGUAGGACGUUUUCUGUGCGUUCCCACGGCAUUUUUUCUUAAAGGCGUGAUCGGCGCGGACUUUUAUUAUCGAAAUAAACGCCAUUUCGACUUAAAGCUAUGAAUAAUCGCGCGGAUCGUUGGACUCUUGACUCGGUUCGGUAAUCUCUUAUUUCGACGAGGGAAAAAAAUUACGCUAUAUCGAGUAGUAAUUUGCCGUGCGAGACGAUGGACUUCGAGCCGUCUCCUGAUCCUGUCGGUGUCAGUAUCAAUGUCACGACGCCCGUCACUGUUUGAAAUAGCCCGUGACAUAAACUAGUUUAUGAACGAAUACCUUUUUUGCAUCGUAAAUAUAGUGCGAUACCUACGUGUAAUAAUCGAAUUUCUACGUGAUAUAGCGCGUAUGCGUGGCGACGAAUGGCAAAUACGAAUCCCUGUACAGAAUCCUUGUACAUAUUCGACGAUUGUGAUUAACGAUUAUAACGAGACGCACGGUGUACGUCGCUGUACGACGUACACCUGUACUCUUUAAAUAUACCUAUGUAAAGUACAAUCCCCCUCCCCCGCCCCCCCCGUGCACAAUCGAAACAAAACUAUUUCUCUACUUUAAUUAGGUAAUACUCGACACGCGGAGAUCAAUAGAAGCGGAGCAGCAGCGUUUCGUCGUGACGUUUAAUAUUAGUUAAAUAUCUACUAAUUAUUCUUUAAUAAACUCGACGUUGCACAGAAUUGAAAUCACGAUGUCCUUAUGUUAAAAACAAAGAGAAACUGAUUAGUCUAUGAUAAUUGAGACGUUUAGUCCGAUUGUAAAAUAUAAUAAAAAGCGAAUUUCGUAAAAUUCCUGCUUUCGAUUGAUCUUCGUCCAAAACUUAGCCGAAUGAAAUUCUCGACAGGCAGACGAGCGCGAAUUGCAUUACCGAGAUGAAUAAAUUCGUGAGACCAUGCGGCCCUUUCUAUUGUGUUCUUGACAUGCAUUAAAACCGAAUGAGACUUUGAGAAGAAACAGGUGGUUACUUUAUUUGAGCUUGGUCGGGAUGAAAGUGAUUCUCGCGGCUCUCGUCUUGCUGGCGAAUACAAUGACGAAUUGAGAGUUUGCAUUAAUGCAUUAUAUGUAGGGAAAAAGAUACGUCAUGUAACUAAUGAUGACGUAUCCGCAAAGUUCUUGAGGAAAUAAAUAAGGAUCUAUUCCAUUUUUCCCCCGUCGCAUUUUUAGCAAUAAUAAUAUGGGACAAAUUUU